AUGGCCCCUGGCAAAUAUCAUCUGAAGAAUGGCACCGUGGUGUCCAUGGACAAGUCCAUCGGCGUUGUGCCGAAUUGCGACGUCCUCAUUGACGAUGGGGUCAUCACUAAAGUCGCACCGAGCCUUUCUCCCUCAGGGGAGUAUACAGUGAUCGACGCAACGGACGCUAUCGUUUCCCCUGGCUUUGUCGACACACAUCGUCACACGUGGCAGACACAGCUACGCACGGUCUGUGCCGACCACGUACUCAGUGACUACUUUAUGCACAUCCGGUGCAAAUACGGAUCCUGCUACGAAGCCAGGGACGCAUAUCUGGGGAACUACUGUGGGGCACUGGAAAGCAUCGACAGCGGCAUUACGUUCCUCAUCGACCACUCACACAUCAUGAACUCUCCGGACCAUUCUGAUGCGGCCGUUAAGGGGCUCAGGGAUGCAAGAAUCCGGGCUACGUUCUGCUACGGCCUGUACAAGAAUCCUGCCUGGCCUGGGUCGGCCAUGGACGCGGAGCGGGAGGAGAAGACGCCGGAUUGGCGGUUCGAGGAUUCCAAGAGGAUUCGAGAGACGCAUUUCAAGUCCAAUGAGAAAACGGAUGUUCUCCGCUUUGGCUUCGCGCCCGCUGAAAUCGAGAGCUGCCCCACUGAUGAGUUGAUUAUGGAGAUCGAACAUGGUCGUAAGCUCGGGGCCGCCGUUGUGACUGGUCAUACGGGUCUAGGUCGUUGGGACCGGGGCCUUCGCCUUGUCCGGAAAUUGAAUGAGCGUAACGUCCUAGGCCCUGAUCUAUUAUUCAGCCAUGGUGCCACCUUUCAAGACGACGAGCUCGACGCGAUCGCCAAGCACGGCAUAGGUAUCUCCAGCACACCGGACACUGAGUUACAAAUGGGCAUGGGAAGGCCGAUUUGUUUCAAGGCUCAUAGCGUGGGCUGCAAUGCGAGUCUGGGAUGCGACGUGGUGUCUAGUGCUCCGGCCGAUAUGUUCCAGCAGAUGCGGUUGGCCCUACAAGCUGAACGACAUGCGAAGCAUUAUGAGGCGAAGGGCGCUCCUUUUGUGGUAUCACACCGCUGUGAAGAAGUGCUGGAGUUCGCGACCAUGGGUGGGGCAAAGGCUGUGGGACUCGCAGAUGUGAUUGGGAGUGUUACUCCAGGCAAAAGGGCUGACUUGCUUCUCAUAAAAACCACUUCGGCCCGUUUGUCUCCGGUUGGAGAUCCAGUCAUGGCCUUGGUAUUGUACGCAAACGGCUCGGAUGUCGACACUGUGUUUGUAGAUGGUGAGAUUGUCAAACAGAAUGGCAAGCUGGCCGGGGUAGACUGGCUCAAGGUACGAGGUGAGUUGUUAGAGUCGACGAAGAGGAUAUUUGAAAGAUCCAAAAGGGCACCAAUGGACGCUAUCGAGGCCCAAGCCAUGCCUAUAAUGAGGAUGUAUGCUGGAGAGACUGAGUAG